UUCGAAUGAUCUCCAUAGACUCAUUAUCUGCAUCACUUUACUGUAAGAAAGAAAGAAAGAAACUUUCUCUCUUUCAAAUAUAUCAGUCUGCUCAUCAAUAUGGCUCUAGCUAUCCGUGGCUUCAUCCUUGGGGCUCCAAAACCCAACACGCUCCAAAUUCCCAGUUGCAAGUCCUAUCAACAAAAAGCCAUGACUAUGCUGCAGACGCAGCACCACGGUCUUAAACAUUCCCGGAAGAUUAGUCACUCCCUUAUAACAUGUGUUGAAAAGCAAUCCCUCGGCACAGGAAGUGGUCCAAAAAUUAAUCAGACAACAUCAUCGGAGCAAAAGGAUUCGGAUUUGAGCAGCUCAAACUCUGAGAGGACUGGCAAGAAAAGUAAAGGAUCCGGAGAAGCCAACGCUACUCCAAAAAAGACCGUGGCUAGCUAGACCAAUUAAUAUCACCAAAAAUAUAAGCAGCUAGCUACUGAAUAUAUAUUUAGUAAUGCAUUCUGCAUGUCAUGACUCGUGACUAGCAUAAUAAUAUGAAUCAAGUCUUUCUUCUAUAAAGUUAAUGAAGUUCUGUGGAGAAUUUGGUUUCAGAAGUACUGUUUUUAGUUGUGACUUACA